AUGCCAGAAGCUCUAAAUUCAUCUUUACUAGAAGAAGCAGAUUUGAAAACGUACUGUUUUCCUAACUCAAAUGUCUCGUGUGUGAAAGCCUCUUACAACAUAGCAACUAAAACUGUGUUAUAUUUCGUACUGGUGUUUGCAAUGACUAUUACUAUUCUAGGGAAUUCUGUGGUCAUCAUCUCCAUUGCUCAUUUUAAACAACUUCACACACCUACAAACAUUUUGGUGAUGUCUUUAGCUCUGGUGGAUCUGCUUCUGGGAAUCACAGUCAUGCCGUUCAGCAUGACCAGGUCCGUGGAUGGCUGCUGGUACUAUGGUGAAGAAUUGUGCUUUUUACACUCUAGUUUUGACAUGUUCCUCACAACUGCAUCGAUCUUCCAUCUGAUUUCUAUUGCUACAGAUCGAUAUGAAGCUGUAUGCUAUCCACUUCAGUACCCUACAAGAGUAACUAUACCUGUUGCAUGGCUUAUGGUAGCUAUAAGUUGGACUGCAGCUGCAGUGUAUUCUUAUGGUCUCCUGUGUUCAAAAGCAAAUCUGGAAAACUUAGAAGAAUACAUCGCAUCUAUAAGCUGCCUGGGAUAUUGUGGCCUUUUGUUCAAUGCACUAUGGGCAGCAUUGGAUGCAUGUAUAUGUUUCUUUGUACCAUGCUCUGUUAUGUUUUGUCUGUAUGCACAAAUAUUUUUCAUUUCCAAGAAACAUACAAGAAAAAUUGAGGGUGUGAAGCAGGGCAGAAAUGAUGUGAACUUAACCAAGUUUUCGCAAAGAGUGAAACAUGAGAACAAAGCAGCAAAAACUCUUGGUAUUGUUGUAGGAGCCUUCAUUUCUUGCUGGAUGCCAUUUUUUGUCACCUCGCUACUUGAUCCUUAUAUUAACUUUGCCACUCCAGUAGUUCUUUUUGAUGUGUUUGUCUGGUUGGGUUACAUUAAUUCCACUUUAAACCCCAUCAUAUAUGGACUUUUCUAUCCUUGGUUCAGGAAAACACUGUAUCUCAUUGUUACACUAAAAAUAUUUGCCCCUCACUCAUCUGACAUAAAGGUUUAUGCAGCAUAA